GUGUCGUUUCCUGUGACGACUCUCUGUUUCCAUUCUGGCAAAUGUUUGCUCUUUUCUCUCUGCUUUGGGGGUUGGGGGAGGAUGAGUUUCUCACGGAGUCUCUCUCGAGCCUCUUGGCAGUUUCCCCCUCUGUGCCCCUCACACUUGCACCAGAGGGUUGAGAGCAUGCCGUCUCCCUGAGCCACCUCUCUUGGGGAGCCCCGCACCCGGCUGAGCGCUCACCUCCCGCAGUGGGCACUGUAGCCACAUCCAGGAAGAGCCAGGAGAAGUGGCAACAUGUGUUAGCUGUUGACAAUUAAGAAAAGGCUUAGGAGGAGAAGCUGAAGCCAGAGAGGUUGCCGUGACAGCGGAUAUGAUCACCCCGACUCUUUCCGAAAUUGGAGGGAGGACCUUGGAGGCCAGGACUCUUCAGGUGACUGAGGGCAGCCUGGACAGAGACAAAGACCAGAGCAGCGCCAUCUUUUCUGGGUUUGCAGGAUUCCUUGCCAUCCUCCUGACCACUGUGAUUUUCUACAGCCUGUGGAACUGGAGUAAAUGGAAGAAGUACCGACAAGCUCCUUACUUUCGAGUUACCGUCAUGCCCUUACUGUCUCUGUCUCGACCCAGACAAGGAGCUAAAAAUAUUUAUGACUCCUUACCCCAGAGGCGAGAAGAGCUGGGGAGACGUCAGUCAAGAGGUAACCGUAUUUUUAGUACCGAGAGCCUCCUGUCCAGAAAUUCCAAUAGCCCUCCUUCAGAGCCCGUGCCCUCCCAAGCAGGCAAUGGCCUCUGGCUGCACGGAGACCAUGCUCCUGCCAAUGGCUAUGCAGUGGGCAUCUAUGACAAUGCCACAUGGCUCCAGAUGUGUGGGGACCUUACUCCCUCAGCAAACUAUGUCAAUAUCAGAACAGCCAGAGACUGCCGGAACAUUUCUUCAGAGGAUUCAAGAGAUUACAUCAAUGUCCCCACAGCAGAGGAGAUUGCGAAGGCUCUAGCUUCUACCAACAGCACCCCUGAGAACCUCUUCGCCCUUCCAAGUGCCCAGGAGCUGGAGCUGGAGCUUAUUGAGGAAAAAGACAAGGGCUAUGGGAAUGGCAGUGACCAUACCAGUUUUUGGUCUCCAAGAUCCAAGAGUGAUGAUCCACUCAGUGAUGACGAAGGCUCAUCUGAGACCUCGAAUGAUUAUGUCAACAUGGCAGGGUUGAAUCUUGAGACCCUCCAGGGGAAGCAGCCCCAGAUGGCUUUCCAGUGCUAUAGAGAUUAUGAAAAUGUCCCAUCAGCACUUACCAAUGGAAACCAGCAGCAGGUGGAAGAAGAAGUGAUCCCCUCAAACACAGACCACGUAGAAGGCAGGACGGAGAGUCCAGAUACCCACAUCCAAUUUGUCAUGCAAUCAGGGAGGGUUCUGGCUCUAGGGGAACCUGUGACCUGUCAGCCAUCCGCACAGAGUGAGACUAGUCAGAUAGAACAUGGAGAAGAAAUGUCAAAUGACACUUCUAGUGACUAUGAGAAUGUGCUACCUGCCAAGUCAGGAGACAGGGACUCUAAGCAUGGGCCACACACAUAGCUCCUUCCUGACGAAUUAGAACCCAGGCACCCAGCUGAAGAGUUCUGUGGAGUAGUCUAUCCUGCUGGAUCCAUAGCCACUACAGGGGCUGGUGUAGACCACUGACCAUCCUUGUAUUUCAGGGUUCUUUCAGGUAGACUACAAAGAGGCUGAGAUACACAGAAGUUAAGGGACUCACAAAAGCCAACAUCUGGGAAAGCCAGAAAGGAAUUCUUCUCAAGCAGGGUGUUGGUAACUCUCAUACCAACCUAAGAAUGUUUGCUGAAACUGCCUUAUAGGAUGGUUACUAGAUUUAAAAUGAGAGUACUUCCAUGCACAGUAGAAACAUGAGGUGUCCAAAAUUGUUACCUUGGCAAAUACCAGCAGGACACAAAGCAAGAAUAUGGAUUACCUUGUAAUCCUGGCAGAGGCCAAAAAGAAGGAAAAAGUCAGAGCUGGGGUGGGGCGGCAGUUUCCCGUUGAAAAAGAGUGUGGACAAUAAAAUGCUAGAGAAGAUGUGGACACCAGAGGGUCAUUCAUUGCAACUGUUUGGCAGUUUCUUUUAAACCUGCAAUGACUAUACAGCUAACCCAUUCCACUCCUGGGUGUUUACCCAAGAGAACUGAAAACUUGUG